AUGACGGAUACCGUCCCCGCUUUUAUCUGGAUUCCCACUACGGCACUGCCAAGGAUGGGCAAUGGAGGAAGAAGCACGUAUCAAGAAGAAGGAGCAAGACCCGUGUCUUCCCUUUCGUCGUCGCCGUCUCUGUCACGUAGAUGGGCAGAAGGCAAUCGCUCCUGCGACAACAGUAUUCAGCUACCCGCGCAACCCCGAAGGUCCUUUCCAGAAGAUGAAUUGUGUGAUCCAUCCCCACCCAAAAAGCCACAGAGGCGUGCCAAAACUAAGAAAACGGAGCGAUUCACUACUAGAUCUACCCGACUGCCGAGGUUUCCCCGGAGAAGCAUUAGCCUCGAAAAGGGUGUGGACCCCAGAAAACGCGUCCUCUCACUCUCUUCUGUGACAGUGUGA